AUGUAAGAAUAAAAUGAUAGUGAAAAUGAAUAAAUAGACAUAAAAGAAACAGAAUUAUUGAUAAACAAAGAUAAAGAGUUUCAAAUUGAUUUAGCUCUCAUUCUAAAAACUAGCAUUGAUCAAAAUUUUAUUGAUAUUAUGACAGAGGAUUAAAAGUAAGGACCAAUACUCAUAAGUAUUUAGAACUAAUGAAUUAAUGUCUCUCAAGACUAUACACUUAGAAUUUUUGAACAUAAGUAAUCAUUAUGUUUAUAAACUUAAUAGGAAAGAUAGAGAAUCUAGAAUUGUUUGAUAAGUUAUAAAUUCUCUUUCUCUAACAUGUAAAUAAUAAAUUUAAAUGUAGAAUAAAAUAAGUGAGAUAGAGAAUUUAGAUACAUUAAUUAAUUUAGAAUAUUUGAGUUUGAAAAAUAAUUAAAUUUCAAUUUUGAAAGGAUUAAAAAAUAGUAAGAAACUAGCCUUUCUUGAUAUAUCUGAAAACUAGAUUAAUUCAAUAAUAUUUGAACAAGUACCAUAAAUGAUAGAAAUUUUGAAUAUUAGCAAUAAUCCAAUAGAAACUGUAUUUAAUUUAUUUAUAAUAGAAUGUGGAUAUUAGAAAAUCAUUAUUAUGUCAUUUAAAAUUGAUUGAUGAAAUUGAUUCAGUUAAGAUUGAUUAAAAUGAACGCUUUUAAGCUUUGGGAAUGUAAUAAAUAAAUUUAUAAGAUUAGUUUUCCUAAGGAAUUAGAAAGCUAUUAAAAAAAAUUAACUUAAAGGAAGAUGAAGAAAAUAAUGAAAUUCAAAAAAAUAGAAUAAGUAUUGGAUGUUGAUAAGGUGGAAAUCAAAGAAGAUGAAUUAAUUGAAGAGAAUGAUAAUUUAACAGAGAACACUAUCCAUGAUAUACAUAAUUUAACUGAGAGUUUAAUAACUAAGGCUUAAUAGAGCAAUAUAGAGAAAUUGUAUUAAGUUUAAUAAGAAUUGUUGGAGUAUCAAAAAUUACAUUAGGAGAUAAGAAUUAAAAUAUAUGAAGAAUAAAUAUAAAAAUAAUAAAUAUGA